ACGGUCAGUCUUGGAGCGUUUUCAUCAGCCCCUAAAGACUCCUGUGCUGUUAGGACUUCACUUCCUGUUUUCACCCAGUGGUUUUCCUCACCCCACUGUAAUGACUUUGCAUGACUCUGGAACUGGUCUGUAGUGGGACGCUGUGGGAGGAUGAACACAGAAGAGCUGGAGUUACUGAGUGACUCCAAGUACAGAAACUAUGUAGCUGCAAUUGAUAAAGCACUAAAGAAUUUUGAGUACUCCAGUGAAUGGGCAGAUUUGAUAUCAGCACUUGGAAAACUUAACAAGGUUCUACAAAAUAAUGCAAAGUACCAGGUAGUACCCAAAAAACUGACCAUAGGCAAACGCCUGGCUCAAUGUCUGCAUCCAGCAUUACCAGGUGGUGUUCAUCGGAAGGCACUUGAAACAUAUGAAAUUAUCUUCAAAAUCAUUGGACCUAAGCGACUUGCCAAAGAUCUUUUUUUAUAUAGUUCUGGAUUAUUUCCUCUUCUUGCAAAUGCUGCCAUGUCUGUGAAACCAACACUGCUCAGUUUAUAUGAAAUGUAUUACUUGCCUUUGGGUAAAACACUGAAGCCUGGUCUGCAAGGAUUGCUCACUGGUAUUCUCCCCGGCUUAGAAGAAGGGUCAGAAUACUACGAGAGAACGAAUACACUGUUGGAAAAGGUUGCCGCCGCGGUGGACCAGUCAGCGUUCUAUAGUGCACUCUGGGGCAGUCUUCUCACCAGCCCUGCUGUCCGCCUUCCUGGAAUCACGUAUGUCCUUGCCCACUUGAAUAGGAAGCUUUCCAUGGAGGAUCAGCUCUACAUAAUCGGCAGUGAUAUUGAGCUAAUGGUAGAAGCAGUAAGUACUUCCGUGCAGGACUCCAGUGUUCUUGUGCAGAGAAGUACCCUGGACCUCAUACUCUUCUGUUUUCCAUUCCACAUGAGUCAGGCCACUCGACCAGACAUGAUCAGGAUAUUGUCAGCAGCCCUUCACGUAGUACUAAGGAGGGAUAUGUCCCUGAACCGAAGACUGUAUGCAUGGCUUCUUGGUUUUGAUAACAACGGUACUAUCAUAGGACCCAGAAGUACAAGACACAGUAAUCCUGAAGAACAUGCCACUUACUAUUUCAAUACCUUUUCAAAAGAAUUGUUGGUCCAGGCAAUGGUGGGAAUCUUAAAAGUGAAUGGAUUUGGAGAAGAGAGCACACUAAUGCAGGAUCUCAAACCUUUUCGGAUUUUAAUCAGUUUGCUGGACAAACCUGAGCUGGGACCUGUAAUUCUGGAAGAUGUACUGAUUGAGGUGUUUCGAACAUUGUAUUACCAAUGCAAAGCAGAAUUAGAUCUUCAAAUGGACCCACCCUUCAGCAAGGAUCAUGCUCAGUUAAGCAGUAAACUAAGGGAAAAUAAGAAAACAGCAGAGCUGAUUAAAACUGCCAACCUUCUCUUUAAUUCCUUUGAACCUUAUUAUAUGUGGGAUUAUGUUGCAUGUUGGUUUGAAGAAUGUUGUAGGAGGACGCUGCAUGCCAGGCUUCAGAUUGGACCUGGAGAUAGUAGUGAGUCAUCUGAAUUACAGCUGACCAAUUUCUGCUUACUGGUGGAUUUUUUGUUGGAUAUAGUUUCCUUGCCUACUAGAAGUAUGAGGGUGCUGUGUCAGGAGACUUACAUUGAAAUCCAAACAGAACACUUGCCCCAGUUGCUGCUUAGGAUGGUUUCUGCCCUGACAAGCCAUCUCCAGACAUUGCACUCAUCUGAGCUCACAGAUUCGCUCAGGCUCUGCUCAAAGAUCCUUAGUAAGGUCCAACCUCCUCUGUUAUCUGCUGGUACUGGAGGCAUGUUGCAGUUUCCCGGUGGGCAGAGCAGCGCAGUCAAAGAAUGGGAAGACAAAAAGGUACCAUCAGUUUCUCUGGAGAAUCCUAGUGAAGUGUUUGAAGAUGGAGAAAACCCACCGAGUAGUCGAUCGUCAGAAAGUGGCUUCACUGAGUUCAUACAGUAUCAAGCAGACCGAACCGAUGACCUCGACAGAGACCUCAGUGAAGGGCGGGGAGCGGCCACCAUCCCAGUCGGUAGCACGUCCUCGGAGACAGAAACAGCAUCUACUGUGGGAUCCGAGGAAACCAUCAUCCAGCCCCCUUCCACGUUAUCGCAGGGGGCAGCAACGCGAAGUGGGAAGGCAGCCCAAAAGACUGCAAUGCAGUGCUGCCUGGAGUACGUCCAGCAGUUUCUCACCAGACUCAUCAACCUCUAUAUCAUUCAGAGUAACUCUUUUUCUCAGACACUGGCUGCAGAACAUCAAGGGGAUCUCAGUGGGAUGCAAGGAGGGACUCCGAAGUGGGACAGGGAUUCACAAGGAGAUGUAAAAGAGAGUAACCUAUGUAAACAGAAAACUUCGAAAGAAUACCUUUCUGCCUUCCUCGCUGCCUGUCAGCUCUUCCUCGAGUGCUCAAGUUUCCCAGUUUACAUUGCUGAAGGGAACCAUACAUCAGAGUUACGUUCUGAAAAAUUAGAGAGUGACUGUGAGCAUGUGCAGCCUCCGCAGUGGCUCCAGACCCUGAUGAAUGCUUGCAGCCAAGCAAGUGACUUCAGCGUUCAGAGUAUUGCCGUCUCCCUAGUCAUGGACCUGGUGGGACUGACUCAGUCUGUGGCCAUGGUCACUGGGGAGAACAUUAAUAACAUGGAGUCUGCUCAGCCCUUAAGUCCAAACCAGGGAAGAGUAGCCGUGGUUAUUAGACCCCCUCUCACUCAAGGCAACCUGAGGUACAUAGCUGAGAAGACUGAAUUUUUCAAGCACGUAGCUUUGACUCUGUGGGACCAACUGGGAGACGGGACCCCACAGCACCACCAGAAGAGUGUGGAGCUGUUUUAUCAAUUGCAUAACUUGGUUCCUUCUUCCAGCAUCUGUGAGGAUGUUAUAAGUCAGCAGCUAACCCAUAAAGACAAGAAAAUAAGGAUGGAAGCACAUGCAAAGUUUGCAGUACUUUGGCAUCUAACAAGGGAUCUCCACAUAAAUAAGUCAUCUUUUGCACGUUCUUUUGACAGGUCCCUGUUCAUCAUGUUAGACAGCCUUAACAGUCUCGAUGGUUCCACUAGCUCUGUGGGACAAGCCUGGCUGAACCAAGUCCUUCAAAGACAUGAUAUCGCAAGGGUUUUGGAACCAUUGCUGCUGCUCUUGCUUCAUCCAAAAACUCAGAGGGUUUCCGUGCAGCGUGUGCAAGCAGAACGUUAUUGGAGUAAGAUUCCCUGUUAUCCGGGGGAAGAGAGUGACAAGCAUUUCAUGCAAAAUUUUGUCUGCAGCAAUGUAAACCAAGUGCAACUCAUUGCAUCAAAAGGAACUGGUGAAAAGCCACUUACCAUGGAUGAAAUAGAGAACUUCAGUCUCACUGUUAAUCCGUUGAGUGAUAGACUUUCCCUCCUAAGUACCAGCAGUGAGACAAUUCCAAUGGUUGUUUCUGAUUUUGAUCUUCCAGACCAACAAAUAGAAAUACUUCAGAGUUCUGACUCUGGAUGUUCACAGUCCUCUGCUGGGGACAACUUGAGUUACGAAGUUGAUCCUGAAAAUGUGAAUGCCCAGGAGGACUCUCACAUGCCCAGAGCACGGUCCCCAGAUGACGAUAUUCAGCAGGUCGUGUUUGACCUGAUCUGUCAAGUUGUAAGUGGCCUAGAAGCAGAAUCUGCAUCAAUUACAUCUGAAUUAGAAAUGGAAACUCCGCCCCCAAAGGGUGGUGAUUUAUAUUUAAAUGAAGAGGCUACUAAAAAUGAAGAUCAGUCCACUCAGCAGAGUCAAAGUUCUUUGCUGAGUAAUGAAAGUCCUCAGUUUCUGUCUGUGUCUGCAGAGGAAGACCAUGAGUACUUCUUGGCCAAUGGGAUCUCCAGAAACAGCUCUUCACCUUGUAUUUCAGGAACCACACAGACUCUCCAGGAUUCUUCUGCUGUUUCCACAGAAGCCAAAUCUAGGCAGAGGAGUCAUAGUAGUAUUCAGUUCAGUUUUAAAGAGAAAUUAUCAGAAAAGGUCUCAGAGAAAGAAACAAUUGUUAAGGAAUCAGGUAAACAACCAGGAGCAAAGCCCAAAGUAAAACUUGCCAGGAAAAAGGAUGAUGACAAGAAAAAACCGUCCAAUGAAAAACUCAAACAAACCAGUGUAUUCUUUAGUGAUGGUCUGGAUUUAGAAAAUUGGUAUAGCUGUGGAGAAGGAGAAAUUUCUGAGAUUGAAAGUGACAUGGGUUCUCCGGGAUCACGGAAAUCUCCCAAUUUCAACAUCCAUCCUCUCUAUCAGCAUGUGCUACUGUAUCUCCAGUUGUAUGACUCAUCAAGGACUCUUUAUGCUUUCUCUGCCAUCAAAGCCAUCUUGAAAACUAACCCUGUCGCUUUUGUAAAUGCCAUUUCAACCACUAGUGUGAACAAUGUGUAUACACCGCAGCUGUCCCUGCUUCAGAACCUAUUGGCCAGACACCGGAUCUCCGUUAUGGGCAAAGACUUCUAUAGUCACAUUCCGGUGGACUCCAAUCACAACUUCCGGAGUUCUAUGUAUAUAGAAAUUCUUAUUUCCCUCUGUUUAUAUUAUGUGCGUAGCCACUACCCAACGCAUGUCAAGGUUACUGCCCAGGAUUUAAUAGGCAAUCGAAACAUGCAGAUGAUGAGCAUAGAAAUUUUGACUCUCCUCUUUACUGAGCUGGCAAAAGUAAUAGAGAACUCCACAAAAGGUUUCCCAAGCUUUAUCUCUGAUAUGUUAUCGAAAUGCAAGGUUCAGAAAGUGAUUCUUCACUGCUUGCUGUCGUCUAUCUUCAGCGCACAGAAGUGGCACAGUGAAAAGAUGGCAGGUAAGAACCUGGCCGCCGUGGAGGAAGGCUUCUCAGAGGACAGCCUCAUCAACUUCUCGGAAGACGAGUUCGACAGUGGCAGCACGCUUCAGUCACAACUGCUUAAGGUGCUUCAGAGGCUGAUUGUUCUAGAGCAUCGAGUAAUGACUCUUCCUGAAGAGAAUGAAGCGGGUUUUGAUUUUGUUGUGUCUGACCUGGAACACAUCAGCCCCCACCAGCCCAUGACGUCUCUUCAGUAUUUGCAGGCUCAGCCAAUCACGUGCCAAGGCAUGUUCCUCUGUGCAGUGAUUCGAGCUUUGCAUCAACACUGUGUAUGUAAAAUGCACCCACAGUGGAUUGGUUUGAUCACAUCUACUCUGCCUUACAUGGGAAAAGUCCUCCAGAGAGUGGUUGUCUCAGUGACACUGCAGCUGUGCAGAAAUUUGGACAAUCUAAUUCAGCAGUACAGAUAUGAAAUGGGAUUGUCUGACAGCAGGCCUUUGUGGACGGCAUCAGUUAUUCCACCAGAUAUGAUUCUUACUCUCUUGGAAGGGAUCACAGCCAUUAUCCAUUACUGUUUGUUGGAUCCAACUACACAGUACCAUCAACUUUUGGUCAGUGUAGACCAAAAACACUUGUUUAAAGCGCGCAGCGGAAUCCUCUCAAUCCUUCACAUGAUCAUGUCAUCCGUGACGUUACUUUGGAGUAUACUGCAUCAGGCUGAUGCUUCAGAGAAGAUGACUGUUGCUGCGUCUGCAUCUGUCACCACUAUUAACCUGGGAGCUACAAAGAACUUGAGACAACAGAUCCUUGAAUUAUUGGGUCCUAUUUCAAUGAAUCAUGGUGUUCAUUUCAUGGCUGCCAUUGCAUUUGUAUGGAAUGAAAGAAGACACAACAAAACCACUACCCGAACCAGGGUUAUUCCUGCUGCCAGUGAAGAGCAGCUUUUACUAGUGGAACUAGUUCGUUCGAUCAGUGUCAUGAGAACAGAAACGGUUAUCCAGACUGUAAAAGAAGUUGUGAAGCAGCCUCCAGCCAUAGCCAAGGACAAGAAACAUCUUUCUCUGGAAGUCUGCAUGCUUCAGUUUUUCUAUGCUUAUAUUCAAAGAAUUCCCGUGCCCAGUUUAGUAGAUAGCUGGGCGUCACUGUUGAUACUUUUAAAAGACUCUAUUCAACUGAGUCUUCCAGCGCCUGGACAGUUUCUUAUACUCGGGGUCCUGAAUGAGUUUAUUAUGAAAAACCCUAGUCUGGAAAAUAAAAAAGACCAAAGAGACCUUCAGGAUGUGACUCAUAAAAUAGUGGAUGCUGUCGGUGCAAUUGCUGGUUCUUCUCUGGAACAGACAACAUGGUUGAGACGGAAUCUAGAAGUUAAGCCGUCUCCAAAAAUAAUGGUAGAUGGAACCAAUUUGGAAUCUGAUGUUGAAGAUAUGUUGUCCCCUGCCAUGGAGACCUCACACAUCACUCCCUCUGUGUACAGUGUCCACGCACUGACUUUACUCUCCGAGAUUUUGGCUCAUCUUUUGGAUAUGGUUUUCUAUAGUGAUGAAAAGGAGCGAGUUAUCCCUUUACUUGUAAACAUUAUGCAUUAUGUUGUGCCCUACCUCCGAAAUCACAGCGCACAUAACGCCCCUAGUUACCGGGCCUGUGUCCAGCUGCUCAGCAGUCUUAGUGGGUAUCAGUACACACGGAGAGCUUGGAAGAAGGAAGCUUUUGACCUCUUUAUGGACCCCAGUUUCUUUCAGAUGGACGCCUCUUGUGUUAAUCACUGGAGAGCUAUUAUGGACAAUCUGAUGACCCAUGAUAAGACAACAUUUAGAGAUUUGAUGACCCGAGUUGCUGUGGCUCAAAGCAGUUCACUGAAUCUCUUUGCAAACAGAGACGUGGAGCUGGAACAGAGAGCCAUGCUUCUCAAAAGACUGGCCUUUGCUAUUUUUAGCAGUGAAAUUGACCAAUACCAGAAAUACCUACCUGAUAUACAAGAGAGAUUGGUUGAAAGUCUCCGUUUGCCCCAGGUGCCAACUCUUCACUCUCAAGUGUUCCUGUUUUUCAGAGUAUUACUUUUAAGAAUGUCUCCACAACAUCUUACCUCACUCUGGCCUACCAUGAUCACAGAACUCGUACAGGUAUUUUUAUUGAUGGAGCAGGAACUCACUGCUGAUGAAGAUAUUUCUCGGACUUCAGGCCCCUCUGUAGCUGGUCUGGAGACCACCUAUACAGGAGGCAAUGGCUUUUCCACUUCAUAUAACAGCCAGCGGUGGUUAAACCUCUAUCUCUCUGCUUGCAAAUUUCUGGAUCUGGCUCUGGCAUUGCCCUCUGAAAAUCUCCCUCAGUUUCAGAUGUACCGAUGGGCCUUUAUUCCAGAAGCCUCAGAUGAUUCAGGUUUGGAAGUCAGGAGGCAGGGCAUACAUCAACGAGAAUUUAAACCUUACGUGGUACGACUAGCAAAACUGCUCCGGAAAAGGGCAAAGGACGAGGAGGACUUUAAGGCAGUGAUUUUGGAGGGAUUGGACAUAGCCAAACAUCAGAAGAACCCCGAGGAAGACGGCUCGGGGAGGGCCCUGGGCUGGGAGCCUGGGCACUUGCUGCUCACCGUCUGCACCGUGCGCAACAUGGAGCAGCUCCUGCCCUUCUUCAACGUCCUCAGCCAGGUCUUCAACAGCAAGGUCACAAGUCGGUGUGGAGGGCCCUCAGGGAGCCCUGUCCUCUCCUCAAACACCUUCCCCAACAAGGACAUGAAACUGGAGAACCACAAAGCAUUUUCCAGCAAAGCCAGGCAAAAAAUAGAAGAGAUGGUAGAAAAGGAUUUUCUGGAAGGGGUGGUAAAAACUUGAGUAGCACCAGUGGUUUCGCUGCAGUUAUUUAAAACAGACACACUGCUCUGAGUUGUAUAGUUUCUUUUUCCAUUUUAUAUAUGUAAUGAAACACAUUUUAGGUUGUAUUUAAAUAUUUGUAAAUAAGAGCUAAUGUCCGAAUGUGGCCUGACUCAAGUUUAAAUAUUGUUGGUUCAUACUGAUUAUGGUGCCUACAAGAGCUCUCUCUAUAUAUCUAGUCCAUUGUUUUAUUGUCCUGAAUUGUCUUAAACCUUCAAAAUACACACCGCACAUUUUUUUCUA